CCUCUCAUCUCUACGUCUCUUUCCGCUUCCUUGCUUCCCUCUUUAUCUUUCCUCCCUCAUCUGAAUCCCCUUCUUCGGUUUUAACCCAUGGUUUUCGAUUUGAUUUGCAGUGCGAAGUCUUCCAAGAAUCCAGUGUCGCCGAGCUCAUGUCGGCCAUGACCGGUGGAUGGAACCCGCAGCUAAUCCUCAAAGCGUGGCAUAGAGAAGGAUUUGUGCUAGAUGAACAGUCAAGAUCCGAAUACUUGGAUGCCAUGCGUGAGGCAGGCAUGUCGCCGGAAGUAAUCGUGGGAGAGGCGGAAGAAGUGAUGGAAGCACUCCCUGGCAUCGAUUUGCUGGUGGUGGAUCGCCGGCGGAAGGACUUCGCUAGGGUUCUGAAGCAUGCUAAAUUGAGCACCCGGGGUGCAGUCUUGAAUCAGGCACGUCGAUUAGGAAUCAGGCGAAGAGUAUUUGUUCCGGAAAUGAAGGUGGUGGAGGCGGUGGCGACGCCAGGCUUCGAUUGGGUUCUUGAGAGCUCUACCCCCUCCCUCCCUAAGAAGCAUUUGGACCUUCUCAUAGUGAGUUGGAAGAUAGCCAUGCGGAUUGCUUCCAGUAUCUUUGUUGACUCGCCCCCAUUCAUAACCUGUUGGUGUAAGCUUGUAUGCAGUUAAUGAGCAAGAGCCUGGGAUGAAACUGCAAGUGAGGAUGAUGCACUUCUCUCCAUCUCACUGUUUAUUGUUCUCUAGAAUCCUAGCAUGAGUUGUGAGAUCCUGUAAAAGUAGAAUGGAAACUCAAUCAAUGCCUGAUUUUAUAAUACAGAACUGGAACCACUACAGCCUGCAGUCUGCACAGCCAGGUAAGAAAGCAUGCUUAGUUAAAAACAAAUACUUGAGGGGACAACUGUGGAAGCUCAUUUGGUUGUGUAUGCAUCCACCCCAAUGGCUCCAGAUCAUUUAAGAAAUCAUGCUCAGGAAGAGCAGAUGGACCUGCUGAUGAGUCCCCCACUGUGGUGGCAUGGCAAUACAGCGGAUUUCUUUAACCUGAGGAUUGCCUGCGGACUUAUACCAUAUAGGUACCCUACAAUUUGAGUACGAAGAUCUGCUAUACAGAUAAACUUCUUCAAGAUAUUUUUUGGCAUGAUGUAUGCGUAUCCUGUUAUCAUAAAGUUUCAUUCUAGGUCUUUAAGCUCUC